GUUAUAUGGUGUCUUGGAUGCAGAGAUCACCGUAGAAGAUAUUGAAAAACAUUAUAAUUUUUCUACGUUGGAUUUCAUUUUGAAGUGCAGCAAAAAUGAAAAGAAAGAUCUUUUACUCCUUUUAGAGAAAGGUGCCAAUGCUAAUUUUUACAAAGACGGUGAAACUUCCCUGCUUACUAAUGCAUGCACAGGUCCAUUUCGAACAGAAGAGAAUGUUCGAAUUCUUUUGCAGCACGGCGCAAAUCCAAAUCAUGUUGAUGAGAAAGGAUUUUCAGUGCUUCAAAACAUUUUGAAACAAGGUUCGAGAUGCAAAGCUGCUCUUCAUCUUCUUGACUUUGGAGCUAAACCUGGUGACAACUGCUUAUGGACUAUGGUGCAGAUAGCUUCAAACGAUGACAUGUGGCUUAAGUUAGGAAAACGAUUGUUAGAGUGUGGUGCUGAUCCAAACGAAAUGUCAGAAAAAGAACAAUCCAUUCUUUCAGUUGCUAUCGAGAGAAAUUGUAUUGAAUUGGCGGAAGAACUAGUAAGAGUUGGUGCCAAUACUAACUUUAUUGACCAUUUAUGUAGGUCUCCGUUGGAUUAUGCUUGUCAGUUAGGCAUGAGGGACAGAGAAUUUAGAUGUUUAGGAAUACUCCUAAAAUAUCCUGUAAAGUUGGACAUUAGUAAUGUCUUCGAUCAUAUUGAUGCCCUUGGAAAAACUAGUAGCAAAACUUACACCAGCAUGCAUCAACAUAAUCUCACGUUUGACGUAAAGGGCGUUUUUCAACUUUUCGUUGCCGGGGCAGAUUUGAUGAAUAAACAGCCUGGGUAA